AUCAUUGCAUCGACCUGAAAGGUGUAUAAGUGAAUGUUCUAAUUGUGCCAUCAAGUAAUGUAUGGACGAUAGAAAACGAGAAACCAGACGGUUGACACGUAAACACCUUUUAUCAACGUACACUUGGCGUAAAAGACACCAAUCAAUAUGGCGUUUAACGUAACAUACGGGGCGUUACAGUCGCAUAACAUCAAACACCUGUACACGACACGGGAGAAAACCAUGCACCAGAAAAUUCCAAGGCAGAAAUUAUACAGACCAGAAUUUCUGGAGUUGGAGAAACAAGCCAACGAGCGCCACAAGAACAGAGCCCGGCGUCGUCCGAAGGUGAACAUGGAGUUCGUGCCGGAGUACAACAUCGACGUAGCCCGUGCGCCUGCUUUCAGGACCGCGAACAAAGAAUUCGUCGAUGAUCUUGUAGCCCGGCUAACAAAAAAGCCCGCUGUAAAAUCCAACCCGCGCGGCUGCGGCCAUUACCAACGCGGUUUCCACGAAUAUGAAUGGGAGGAGGAUAUGACGUCACCAUCGGAACCAGUGCCCGCAAGGAAGAAUGAAGAGUAUUCUCAAUCGUCUGACGAGACCUUGUGGGUGUGGAAAGCGGCAUCCUAG